AUGCUUCUCAAGCUUCUCGACUGUGGCUCCCCUUCAGGCGCGGUCCUGGGGGUGGAAGCGGGUUUGGCCCCGGUGGUGGCAGCGGGUUUGGCGGUGGCGGCAGCGGGUUUGGAGGGUUUGGCGGUGGCGGUGGAGGGUUUGGCGGAGGCAGCGGCGGGUUUGGCCCCGGCGGCGGAGGGUUUGGUGGAGGUGGCGGCGGGUUUGGCGGAGGCGGCGGGUUUGGCCCCGGUGGGAGUGGCGGGUUUGGGUCUGGCGGCGGCAGUGGGUGGGGUGACGGUGGGUGGGGUGGCGGCGGAUUUGGCGGAAGCGGAUUCGAUGAUGGCUAUGGACCAGAUGGCGAGCGGCAUCGGGCCCAACGGCUUGGCCAUCGACUACGGGGGCUACGGCGGUGGCGGCAUCCAGGACUUGGACGAAGGCGCCAUGCGCCUGGUGGGUGGCCCUGGCAGCUACGAGGAGGCCAUGCUGGGCAUGCAGGGCUACGGGGUGGACGCGGACGGAGAGCUGGUAUUGCCCCCAGGGGUGGAGCCGGGAUCCAAGGAGUACAACGAGUUCUUGUUGCAGUUGGAAGCCCAGGGCCUCAUCGAGAUCCACGAGGAGAUCGUGGAGGUUCCACAGGUGGUCGUGGAGGAACGCGUGGUGCACGUGCCAGGCCGGAAGCAGAUCCAGGAGCGGCUCAUCGAGGUGCCCAAGGUGGAGUGGGUGGAGCGCGUGGAGUACGAGGACUUUGUGGAAUACCGGGAGGUGCCGGUGGACAAAAUCAUCGAGGUCCCGGAGAUCGAGUACAAGGUGAAACAGGUGGACCAAGCCGUGCCGCAGACCUACGUGCAGGAGCACUUCGUGGACAGAUACAGGGAGGUGCCGGUGACGCAAGUGCAAGAGGUGGAGCGCACAGAGCACGUUCCCGUGAUGGUGCCCAGGGAUUGGCAGCCUCCGAAUCUGCAGGCUAUGGGCAUGGCGCCGGCCCAGCAGAUGGUCGCCACCUGA